AUGGCUACCUCCCGUUCUAUUCCGUCCACCAAGCUCAACGAUGGUUCAUCGAUUCCCGUACUCGGCUAUGGCACCGGCACCGCAUGGUUCAAAAAGACUGAUUCCGACCUGAAUCGCGACCUGGUAGACUCGGCCAAGAACGCCGUGAAGCUGGGAUAUUAUCACCUCGAUGGAGCUGAAGUCUACCGUACCGAGGGAGAACUUGGCCAGGCCAUUAGGGAAUCUGGCAUCCCACGGGAGCAGCUGUUUGUCACGACCAAAGUGAACAAAAAUAUAGCCGAUAUUCCUGCUGCACUGGAUGCCAGUCUGAAAAAGCUUCAGGUGGAUUAUGUGGACUUGUACCUGAUUCACCAACCUUUCUUUGCCCAGACUAAGGAGCAACUACAAUCUGCCUGGGCUGCUAUGGAACAGGUCAAGGCCUCAGGUAAAGCCCGGUCUAUUGGAGUGUCCAACUUCCUGCAAAGCCAUUUGGAAACAGUUCUGGAAACUGCAAAGGUCAUUCCGGCCGUGAACCAGAUCGAGUACCACCCGUAUCUCCAGCACGGCAACCUGGUGCCCUGGCAAGAAAGCAAGGGUAUCAAGACUGUCAGCUAUAGUGGCCUAACGCCGGUCACUCGUGCCGCUGGUGGCCCAUUGGAUUCUCUGUUGUCGGGUCUGGCUACCAAGUAUGCGGUCAACCCUGGCGAGAUCUUGUUGCGCUGGUGUUUGGAACAAGGGGUGAUUUCAAUCACUACUAGUAGCAAGGAAACUCGUUUGGCUAGUUACUUGCGGGUGUUGACCUUUAACUUGACCCCGAAGGAGGUGGAGGAGAUUUCGGAGGUGGGACAGCAACACCAUUUCCGGGCUUUUUGGCGGGAGAACUUUGGUGAGGAUGAUCGGUCAUGA